AUGAGUCCAUGAAUCUGCUAAGUAAAAGUAUUUGCAUUGUGAUUCGAGAAGUUACCAACUACGGGAAGCGCGCUUUACCACGUGGUUCAUCCAAAGAAUUUUCUCUAGUAUUAAGAGGAACAUAUACGAUUUCUAUUUGGGGUUCUCAGUUUUAAUAACGACUACAAGUUUUAACAUUAAAAUAUUGUGAAUAUUUUUAUGCGCAAAAAUUUACGGAAAAGAGUUCGAAAUUUCAAUAAAACACACAAUAACGAAAUCCAAAAAACCCAGCGGAACUGAAUAUUUUCACAUUAUAAGCAAUAUUUUGUCUUCUACUUUUAUAUCAAGUGCCGCUUCGUCGGUUAUUUAUGCAGAUUUCUACAACAGCUGUAAUUAUCAGGCGAUUAUGACAAUUAUGCAUGAAGCUUUCCUAGAAUUGCGAAGCGCGUUUCCUGAUUUGGACGCAGAGGUGCGGAGCAUAUUGCUUACGCGCUCUCAGGAUGGGGCAACUAUCUCCGAUAUAAAGGAUGAUUAUAGGAAAACUACUGGUAUAGUGUUUCCAAUAUUUCAAAACAUUACCGAGUUCCUUCUCUCAAUACCGUUUGUUACUGCAUUUUGUAAUGAAAAUGGAAAGCUCAUUUUUAAUGUCCAACCUUCAGCAAGAACAAAGCACAUCUAUGAUUUAGUACAACAACAAAAACCUCAACAUCAACUUCAAACUCAAAAACACCAACAAUUUGUUCAAUAUAAUAACCAAAACCGAGUCGAACCUUUUGUAAACAAUAUUUCAUCUAAGGAAAACGAACGUGAUGAAUUUUGGUACCGCAACAAUAAACAGAUUGAUUACCAAAAAAAUAACGAAUAUACUAAUAAGAAAAACAUUGAUAAUAAUGAAAUCAGCGAAUCGGCAAAUAUUGAUGUAGUAAAAACAAAGGUGGGUCUUGAAAAUUUAACAUCGUUGCAAACUAACGCUCAUAAAGGUGUUUCCAAUUACACUGAAGAAACGGGAAGCAAUAAUUAUUAUCAAGACAACUGUAAUCAUCUUUUCAACAGAUUAUGCAAUCAACCAAAAAUGGCAUCACAGAAUCUUGGACACAACUUCAAUAACAUUCAUUAUUCAAAUCAAAAUAAUCGAAUAACGAAACAACAAUCUACAUAUUCACAAGCAAAAACAAUAAGUCAAACAUCUCAAUUUAGAUCAAUUCAACAGCAGAACUAUUUGAAUACGAAUAAACUGGAGAAGAAGCCUAAUCCAUACAAAGAAUCUAUGGCUAAAUACAUACCUCCAAGUACGAGUCGACCCAUCUCACCAUCGUGUACCAAGAGUAGUCGAUAUAAUGAUUCGAUCUAUACGACAGAUUCCGACUAUGAGGCACACCUCUUGGACUUCCCCUUGUUGGGCGAUGAUUUUUUUUUGUUUUUGGCGCGAAUGGAAUUAAGAUGCAAAUUCAAAAAAUAUGACAAAAUACUGCAAAGUGGGCUUUGUGUAUCCGGACAAACUAUUUGCGGUGCAAUUAAAAGAGUUCGACAAUUAGAAGGUCAGUGUAAGAGUAUUAUCGUUAACAUUGGAUCUGUGGAUAUAAUGAAAGGUCGGCCUUUGGUGCAAAUAGAACAUGAUUUUCGCGAGCUCAUCAACUUAAUGUUCAAAAAGGGAUUUACACCAAUUCUAACGACACUGGCUCCCCUUGCCAAUUUUGCACACGAUGAAAUUACUAAAACUAAAUUGGAGCGCUUCAACAAUUUCAUAAAAAAAGAAGGUGAAUUCUUAUUAGUUAUGGACAUAUGGGCAUGCUUAGUAAAUGAAAGAGGCCACAUCCUAUUCGACUGUUUUCAGAACGAACCAAGAAUAGUAACUGGUACCUCAGAGCCGUACGUGUUUUGGAACAAAAUUGGUCGACAACGAGUUUUGCAAUUAAUAGAAUCUCAACUGGAGUAUUAAUAUUUUAUAUCUGAUUUGAAAUUGAAAAUUUUUGAGUUAUCUAUAAAUUUUAACCAUGAAUUGUGUAUUGCAUUAUUAAUUGUUUUAAAAUGUGUUACUGUUUAUAUAGAAACGUUAUUGAUUAUUAAUAUUAUAGGUGCGUCAAUUUUUGUUAGAUAUAACCUAAAUUUAUUUCUUUCAAUGUAAUUAUUUUAUAGCAAUAUAUAUUUGUUCAUUUGUAUAGCAUAUACUCGUAUCAAACGUUGUAAAGCCAACAAAACCUGUAUUCGUUUUUUUUUGUUUUUGGAAACAAAUACAGUUUUUUGACGCGCUUUAAAAAUUGUAUUCAGAUAUAUAUCAGUGCACAAUAUAUAUUGGUGAAUAAGAUUUUUGAAGAAUGAUAUUCCAACAAUAAACCGUUAUUGUGAAAAUGUAACAAUUUAGCUUCUACAAAAUCAAUACCGGUGUUGAUUUGUCGACAGUUGUAGAAGCUGAAACAUUUUCCACAUAAUAACAUUUGUAAGUAUUUUAUUUAAGUUUAAAUAUUGUAUGAUUUGAAUGUGAUUGAUUAAUUGAUUAGGAAAAUAUGAACGAGCUACAACAUUUUAUUAACUUUAAGGUAAUAAUAAUAUGCCAAACAACUGCACUCCAAUCUCUUUACACAACUGCUUGUCUGAAAAUGUAAAUUUGUC